AUGAGCUUGUCCCGACCCGACCGACUGCUGGUUGAGGGCACAACAGCCGGCACAGCCGCGACAGGAGGACGUGGAGGCGUGUGUGUCGAGGGCAGAGCCAAGCGGGGAGUGGCCGAGUACCCUGACGGUAGUGGCUGCACAGUGAGUGAGGGAGCCAGCAACCCCGGGGCACUGGCGACGCACCCUCCCACCCCACCCCUCCCAGCCUCGCCCCCCUCCCCCCAGACACACUACACCAACAGCGGGGCUAAACUUGGCACCCUUCCCCCGCCUGCCCUGCCCGCCCUCCCUGCACCCCCGCACCCUCCUUGCCCGCCCUUAUAUGUCGCUGCCCCUCCCCCCGUGUUACUCUCACCCUCUGCACACCCACCACACACCCCGCCCACACACCACCACGCCCAUACACUGCCCCUAGCCCUCCGUUUCGCCAGGAGCAGCAGCAGCAACCAUCUUAGCGCCUGCCGACUCGCCCGGCUUCCUCACCACCCUCUCCCCUCGCGCCGUGACGAGGGGAGUGCGGGGGAGAGGGAGGGGCGGGCAGCAGGGGUACCCGCCGUGCCCACGCCUUUCCCGGGGAAGCGACCCUCCCCACACGCUGCCGAAAUGCUAGAUGUCAACAAACGCGCUACAAGGCCUGCAGGAUUGGUGUUUGCUACCGAGGGUCCACUGGGGCUCUCCUGGGGUCCUUACCGGCAGGGGAGGGGCGGGAGGGCUGCUGCGGUGAGGCCUUGGCUGGGGGCGCAAGCUUGA